AUAUUCCAUCAGCCGUCAGUGGACCAAUCGAAGCCAGCUAGAAACUAUCGGCAGCUGGAGCAUGGGAGAAUUGUGGUGUACGGGACAUCCAUGUCGGUGGUGAGGGAGACCAGUGAGAGAUGUCGGAGUGUUCGUCGCUUGCUCCAGAAUCAUAUGGUGAGAUAUGAAGAGCGAGACUUGUACAUGAGCCGAGAAUACCAACAAGAACUGCGGCAGCGACUGGCUAAUGAAGGAAUUUCCACACUACAUUUGCCUCAUGUGUUUGCAGACGGCAUUCAUAUUGGUGGUGCUGGAGAACUGGAGAAACUAAACGAAGCCGGUGAAUUACGAGGCCUUCUUGAUCACUACCAGAAAGUGGUUGUUCGUUUCAUGUGUGAGAAAUGCGGCGGCUACCGAUUCCUGCCUUGUGAGUUUUGCCAUGGAAGCAAAAGAUCGCUAUUGAGGAACCAUUUUACUGAGGAAUUCUGUGCCCUGAGAUGCAUGCACUGUGACGAGAACGGGCUCCGAAGAUGUGACCUGUGUGCUGAUCAGCAAGAAUGA